CUUUCUCCUCCUAUCUCCUCUCCUGCUCUCCGUGCAGAUCUCGACGCACACGGGCACAACAGAUGGUACAGUACCACAGGCUGCAGGAGCGCUAGAAUCGGCUGUAGAAGUACUUUUUAUUUCUCUGAACUUCACAGGGACGUAAAGUGUAAUAGGAGUGGGGAGUGAGGACAGACUCGACUUUGACAGGCACUGGAUCCUACGUUUAGUGGCGGAAUUUGGAGUCAAGGUCAGGAGUGGCCAUGCCAUUUGGCUGUUUAACAAUCGGGGAAAAGAAGGAUUACCACAGUCCUUCAGACGUGACAGAUAAAUAUGACCUGGGUCAGAUCGUUAAAUCGGAAGAGUUCUGUGAGAUAUUCAGGGCCAAGGACAGAACUACAAUGAAGAUGUACACAUGUAAAAAAUUCCUGAAAAAGGAUGGGAGGAAAGUCCGUAAGGCUGCAAAAAACGAGAUUGCCAUAUUGAAGAUGGUAAAGCAUCCCAAUAUUCUCCAACUGGUGGAUGUCUUUGAGACCAAAAAAGAGUACUUCCUCUUCCUUGAACUUGCAACAGGCAGAGAGGUGUUUGACUGGAUCCUGGAUCAAGGCUACUACUCAGAGCGGGACACCAGCAAUGUGGUACGCCAAGUGUUGGAGGCGGUUGCCUACCUCCACUCACUCCACAUUGUUCACAGAAAUCUCAAGUUGGAGAACCUGGUUUACUACAACCGCCUGAAGAACUCAAAAAUAGUCAUCAGUGACUUCCAUCUUGCCAAGCUGGAGAACGGACUAAUCAAAGAGCCCUGUGGGACGCCAGAGUAUCUGGCUCCAGAGGUAGUUGGCAGACAGCGAUACGGCAGACCCGUGGACUGCUGGGCAACAGGCGUCAUCACGUAUAUUUUGCUGUCAGGCAACCCACCUUUCUACGAUGAAACUGAUGAUGAUGAUUAUGAAAACCAUGACAAGAACUUGUUCAGAAAGAUCCUAGCAGGAGAUUAUGAGUUUGACUCUCCGUACUGGGAUGAAAUCUCUGAUUCAGCUAAGAGUUUGGUUGCUCGUUUGAUGGAGGUGGAUCAAGACCAGAGACUGACAGCCCAGGAGGCUAUAAACCAUGAAUGGAUCUCUGGUGGUGCAGCCUCAGAUAAGAACAUCAAGGAAAAUGUGUGCGCACAAAUAGAAAAGAACUUUGCCAGAGCUAAAUGGAAGAAAGCUGUUCGGGUCACCACCAUCAUGAAGAGACUGAGAGCACCUGAGCACAGUGACGCAAAGGCAGCGAACCCUGCAGCCGGGGCCCCAGCAGACUCCACAGCUCCCCAGGCUGCUGCCGAUCCUCCUGCUCCUUCAUCUGCCAUGGCACCUGAGGGUUCAACUGCUCCGGUCACAGAGCUCCCCGCCGGAGCGGAGAAAAGUCAACCGGCACCAGAGACCUCGGCCGGGGUGGCGCCCUCAGCCGAAGACCAACAGCAGCCCAGCCCGGCUCCACAUGGGGACGAGCCCACAUCGCGUUGUAACGGUGAAGCUUCAGCUGCCCUUCACACACCUGCUGAAGCUGGUGAUGAGCAGGGUUAAAAACCAACCUCCCACCCCCGCCCCCUGUUUGACUUCUGCAGUCCCCACCAACUCCUGCACACUGUACAUUAGCUGCUAGCAUGGUGACACUGACUGUGCUUCUCUUUCACUUGCAGCAUUAGUAUCAUCUCAUGGAAGCUGUGUGCUACCUUUCCUGAGCCUGACUGCUACGUUGCCUUGGCUUUUUCUGUUUUUUUUACCCACGUAAGGUGCUUUUUUUUUCCUGACCUCCCCCAGUGUGUGUCAAAUUAUAUAAACAACAACUUCUCAAUCUUUAGUUUUAGGGCUAAAACAAUUUGCUGUCAAGCUGUGGCUUGCAGCUAACUUUUUCUUUCCAUUUCUUCUCAUAGUGAUAAGAGAAUAAUGGAAGACAUAAUUGUGCUGAAAACAGCUUUGAUUCCUCUUUAAUGAGCCAACCUGGGAAACUUCUCCCUGCAGUUAUCCUCGCAAUUCCAGUAUUUGUUUGUAGAAUCGGUAGAAAAGUUUUGCUUCUUAACAUUCGCACCUGAAGAAGAUCACGAGCACCUCUCUCACUUGACACAUAUGGCUAUCUUUACCGUCUGUUGUAUUCUCCACUUACCAGUUAACGGGCUUUAAUCAGCGACUGGGAGUUUUUAAGCCAGUGUUGUGUUUAGAACGAGGCAGCUUCACACAUAAGCACACACAGACACUAUGUUUCUUUGCUAAGUUCCUGCUCAGGAAAGAACCUCAUAGCUGUAAGUGUAAAGAUUCUGUACAUAGAGACCUUUGUAGAAGUAGCCAAAACAGCAUGCUUUCUCACUUUUGCUGUUCAUUUUACACCCACUUGGUGGAUAAAGAUGUGCUACAGCCAGCUUUGUCUUAUCACAGGCCACAGCAUUGUCGUCUCUUGCCACAAGCCAUGUGAAGGCUAAUGUUCUUUUCAAAAGCAUACUGUACAUUACGCUAUCAACUACUGCUGUUCCUUUGGCGCCCCCGCUGUUAAUGUGAAACAACCCCACCACUCUUUUCCCCCCAUUUUUAGAUAGCAGUUCUAUGCAUCCAAAUUUUUUUGUAGCUUUUCUUUUUUAGACACCCAUCUUUGACUUGUUCAAAACAUUUGUGUUCAAAUACCGACUCAAAAUACUUCAUGCACUGUGGUGACUUUGCUGUAAUUAGGGCACCAUCACUUACUCUUUGUUGACCUGUAUUGUACUGAGAUGUGCAACCACAUAUUUACACUGUUUUUUGUUUUUUUACUAUUUCUAUUAUGUAUUUGUUUAAAACUUUAUGUACAUGAUCAUUUUGCUUUUUUCUAUGUUUCUUUUUAUUUAUUUGGCUCUUACUCUCUCUUUUUAUUUCAUAGAUUUUUCAGCUUAUACUUGAUAAACAGUAAUAACAAUCUCAUCUUUUCUUAUCACUGAUCCCCUUGAGUAUUAAUAAUGAGCUACAGAAGGAAACCUCUGUAAUCACUCUAGUGGAGUUAGAGCAAUAUUUGACUGGCUGCAGAAACUGUGAUUCCUGGUGUCCUUUCGAUACAGUCCACGUACCUGUAAGUAGAAGUCUGUAGUCCUUUCUCAGCUGUCAGGCCCAUGAGGGCCACUGACCUACAUAGACACUGACAUAUGGCUGCUGUCAAAUUAAUAUGUGUCUCGAUGGGUGGACUGUAAGUUCCCAUGAGCCCGAAACGUGGGCCACAUGAAGACAGUAGCCACUCUGCCAGUGCUAUGACUUAAUUCAAGUGUAGUAUGUCAUGGCUUAUGCACAGCCAGCUUGUCUGAUUUCCCCACUCUGUUGUCAAGAAUAUUUACUGUGCACACCUGUCAAAUUAUAUAAUAAAAAGAUAUAUUUCUCCAUUUGAAACUAAAUGGGAAGAAAAAAGAAAAGGUUUACUAUAGAAUCUCAAGUUUGACCUUUUUUUGUUACAGUCGUUUACUCAUAAAAGUAUCUCUUUGAAUGUGUUUAAAGUAGAUUAGUCGAAGCAUCGUUCAGAUUGCAUCACCAUCUUUCUUACAUUGUUUAGGAUGAAUAUUUCAUCUUUAAGAAGAUGCUUAGUCAGAAAGAUAUCAGAUGUUUUUUUUAAUGUGAAUAGAUUAUUUCAUGUAGUGUGUUCUCUUUGUUUAGAUGGCAAAUAAAUACCGUUCAUAUACUGUUGCACAAUUUGAAGCAAUGCUUUUUUCCAAUACAUACUCAUAAACCUUGUAUUUAAUAACCCAUGUCUGUUCAUUUUGCCGAGCACUUCCAGGUGUAUUUGUAGAUGUGAUGUUGCCAGGACCAGUGGUCAUCUGUAGGUCCUGUCCUGCAUUUGUGAGCUCUGUACUGUACUCCUUGACUGAGUUGAUGACUUUGAUGGUAAUAAAAUUGGAUUC